UAUUUGAAAUGCUCGGUUUUUAGCUAAUAAAAAUACGUCACUGAGGAUAUGGCUCGCGAAAACAGAGUUAUUUUCAUAUCAUAUGUCACAUCAUCUUUUCUUGAUACAUGACCAUAAACAUAAGUGUCUCUGUCUAACGACAUCCAGCGGAUCUGGGAUGUGUGAGUUGGAUCGCAGGUCAGUCCAUCAGACCAUAGCAUUUUCAGACCAUCAGACCAGAGCAUUAUCAGUACGAGAUAUAGACCAAUUCAACAUACAUUUAUACAAAAUUUUUAAGCCCUGAUUUGGAUUAAGAGCAAGAAUUUUAGUCUACGUGGAAGUUUUCAUUAUUCAAUGACUCCCAAUAUGGAUUUUCUGACGACAUGAAGGCAAAACUACCAUUAUCACCUAUCAUGUCACUAAGAUAACAAAAGGUUGCACCACUUCCACCUCGUUAUCACCAACAGCUACUUUCUCGAUUGGCUGAACAAGCUUAGAUCUAUGGAGACAGCUCUUGAAUUUAAAGAUAUCAUUCUCCUUAAGUUUUCCUUUGACCCCAGAGCAGCAUUUAUUCACCCAAUGGUCACAACUGCUACAGUAGGUGAAGUUUUCACAAACUCAUUUGUUGCAUGCACCUCAUGGCCAUUUUCUGGUUUUUGUUCUGACAUUUGAACCAUAGGAGCUAUGGCAAACCUUGGUCCUGCCCAUAUUCACCCUUAGUCCUGCCCAUAUUCACCCUUAGUCCUGCCCAUAUUCACCCUUAGUCCUGCCUAUAUUCACCCUCAGUCCUUUAGCUUCAAGUUCUUACUUCCAGUUUAACAACACAACUUUAAGUUCAUCCAACCAGUCUGCAUUAAUAACCAAGUUGUCAGCUUAAAGCAAUUCCCAGGGACAGCCAACUCUUAAUUUAGGGGGGGGGGAGUGCCUCCAUAACAAAAUGAAAACCAGGAGGCUCAAUACUGACCUUUGAUUUACUAUAUAUACUUGCCCUUUACUCUUACAAUAGAGCUUGGCGAAUCAUACAUUGCCUGUGUAUAGUUCUCACAAGCCAAUCAGCUACCGCAUUGCCCACCACAGCAUUUUGCUUGGUAUUCGGUUAGAAGAUUAUUCCAGAUCCAUAAAAGCGAAGUAAGAUUUGUUUUGUUUGCCAAGAUAUUUUUCAAAUUAUUGGCCCAGGAUAAAGAUAGUGUUGGUAGUGCCCCUAGGCUUUGCUUGAAGCUGUACUGCAUUUCGUCAAUCUUAAUUUAGGAUUGUAUUAUUACUCAAGCGCAUGUUCACAAAUUUUCAUGGUUUGAUCAGGAAGAUUAAGAAGUUUCCUCAUUCCAUCUUAUCACCUUUACCUUUAUGCAGGUUGAUAAUACUUGAAUAUCAUGAAAUUCAUGAUAAGACUCUUAAUUGCAUAAUACAUAGUAUUUUUUAAUGUUUUCAUAUACAUAUAAUAAUUUAAAAUUUUAAUAGAAGGUAUAAUGUGCUUUCUAUUGACCGUCUGGCAGAAUGAUAACUUUUGCCUAAUCUCUCAAAGGCUUUUUCUUACUAUCUCAAAAACUUGUAAACCUACUAGAAAAAAGUUUUCAAAAAUGAUAACUUGGAUAUUGGGUCAUUCCACGUGAAAUCAUCAGAUAUUUUUAAGAUUUGUAACCCAUGGUCUUAGAAUUUCUUGAUUUUUUUGUCACAUAAAGAUAGUUUGGAGAAAAUACCACAUACAAAAUUUCAGUCUUCUAUCUCUCAUGGUUUCCGUUUUAUUGCUGUUUCAAAAGUGACCCAUUUUUGCCAAAUAUGCCACACCCAGUUUAUUAAGCGAUGGGCGGGGCUUUCUAUCAGUAGCUGUAAUUUCUCUAUAGUUGUGUAUAUUUGCUUAGAAAUAAUAUCAACUAUGGAUUUGAUACUGUAGAUUUCAAAUAUUCCAUCAAAACUUAUCAAUUCCCUAAGGCAAAGCAGAUAAUCAAGUGUUAGAGUGGAUCACUUGAUUUGAAAAUGUUCCUAACCGGUGUAUAUAAAUAUUGAAAAAAAGUAAUGUAGCUGGAAUCAUAGCAUAAAAAGCUUGCUAUAUUCUGAAAGUGUAUUCCUCGGACUAUCAGAAAAUGUUAGAGGUGACAAUUGCAAUUCAAGCAUUGUGAGUUAAUUGCACCUUACAAAAUGGGUAUAAUAUCGCAAAAAUUUUAGACAAAAACAAAGGUUUUUUAAUGGUUAUGCCCCAUAAAAUACAAAGAGCUGCUAAAAACAUUGAAUCAAACAUUGCUUCAUUUUUCAACAACAUCACAUACUUAGUUAAAAAUGGUUCUUUAGCCAAGGAAAAGUUUAGAUAUUGUUUUGUAGUCACUGUAGCUGAUGUUGUAAGUUCGACCUGUGACAGUUUUGGGUGAAUCAAUUUUGCAAAGCAUGUGCAAACUUGAUACCCAGCAUAUGUCUGGUCUGCUUGGCCAUGUAAAGCUCUGAGUGGGUCCAGGUGGGUGCAUGAAGUUUAUUUGAAAGUCCCCUUCAUCUUCAUUUAUUUCAAGAAUCAUGCCAACCCACCACUUAUGGUCAUAUAUGCAAGCAACAUAGUCAUUCCUUCGAGCUCCAACACCAUUCUCUGGGGUAUUAGAAGCAAAAGAAAAGGUUCCUGCAAAAUCUCUAUCAUCAGAAGUAUAUUUUAAAGCAAUUUUUUUAUCUGAAAGUGGAACAAACUGAUGGAAAAUUCUGGUUCCAGGAAUGGUGCUCCCAUGGGCAAAUCGUUUAAUCUGCUGCUCUCUAACUUUCACCAUAGAAUCCUUCGAUAUGAAAAAAAACUCAAUAUCUUUUAUAUUUUCUUUGCAAAAUUUGAGCAUAGCAGAAACUGUCAAAAUCUGAUUGCUGUGAGUCCUUUGCAGACUUGCUCUUGCUGUUAGCCUUUUAACAGUCCCCCCAAUGCCAUCACAUACUGACUUCCCAUGCUGGAAGCAAAAACAGUUCUCAGGGGUGUCAUUUCCUAACUCAUUUCUGCUUAGUUGGAUGCUUGGCCAGUCCUUCCUGUCAACAGGAAGUACUGGCAUGAGGUUUCAUAAGCUCACUUCCUUCUCAGCAUUUUUCACUUAUGGAGCAUAUAACAAUAUUGAAUGUCUCCAGGUAUUUUAGUUUCUUUGAGAAUAUGGCUGGGCUAGAGGUGUGUGAUUUUGGUCGAUUUCUUGAAGAUGAAUGUCACAAACUCUCUUAUUGUCGUUCUGUUGGAAAAAGGAUACUCAUGCCAUCAGAUGAAAUUGAUGCUGUGUUACUUUGGAGAGCUAGAAUGGUUGACUAUAUGUCUCCUGAGGCUAGUGUAACAAUUUGUUACCAUCAUGAGGCAAAAUUUGGUGCAGUUUUUGAAAGAAAGUUUACAAAAUGCUGUGAUGUUUGUAACUUGCAUAAGAAAGCUGUUAAAGGUGGACACAAGGUUUCAUUGGAUCUAGCAAAAAAGCUUGGCGAGAAAGGCAUAGAAUGCCUUCCUGGUUGGCAGCUAUGCCGGUCUUGCUUUGAAAGACUGCAAAAUUCACCAAGUGAUGAUUGUUUUGAAAAACAGGAUGUAGAGGAAGAUGAAGCAUUUACUGUUGAAAAUAAUGUUAUGCAAUCUGAGUUUAGAGAAAACUUGAAUCAAACCCUUGCAGCAAUCGGAGAUUCACCAAUUAAAACCCACAGCAUGCCAAAGCACAGAAAAAUUUCAUAUGUGGCCAAAAAAUCUGAAUCUGUCUCUUCUCGGAUGCAAGACUCAAUUGCUGCUGCUGUAGGACUGGAACAGUCAGGAUUGCUUUCCACAAAAAACAAUGAGAUGUCACCAGAUACAAUUGUGAAACAAAAAGCUUCUGAUUUUGACCAGCUGAUGAACAGCUUAAAAGAAAGAAUUUUUGGGGCUACAAAUGCAACCAAGCUACAAACUCUAACUUUGAUACCAGAGUCAUGGUCCCAUAAAUAUGCAGCUUCCUUUUUUGAUGUUUCAGAAUACAUGAUAAGAAGGGCUCGUGAAUUGAAAGAAAGGAAAGGAAUUCUUUCUCUGCCUGAUAAGAAAAUUGGGAAAAGUUUAUCAGAAAAAGAUAUUUAUUUAGUUCAAAACUUUUUCCAAAAUGAUGAAUAUACAAGAAUGAUGCCUGGGAAAAAAGAUUAUGUAAGUGUUGGGAAAAAAGUACAUGUUCAGAAACGAUUAAUAUUAUGCAACCUGAAAGAGCUUUAUGCAGCCUUCAAAGAAGUGCAUUCAGAUGUUGUCAUAGGAUUUUCUAAGUUUUGUUCUCUGCGCCCUAAAUGGUGUGUGACUGUUGAUGGAAGUGGAUCUCAUUCUGUUUGUGUUUGUGUGACGCAUCAAAAUGUACUACUUAUGUUAGAAGCAGUUGCUACUAAUAAGACAUACAAAGAUAUGAUAGACAUGAUUGUUUGCAGCAAGGACAAUAAGCAAUGUAUGGUGCACAGAUGUGACAACUGUCCAGGGACAUCUAUACUAAAAAGGUAUCUUGAUCAAUGUUUGCAUGAUGGUUAUAAUGAUGGUGAUGUCAUAUUUCAGCAAUGGGAGAACACUGGUAGAUCUGAAUUAGUAAAAAGGUGUAUGAGUAUUGAUGAUUUUGUUGAGUUGCUAGUUAAGCGUAUUGAUGCUUUGACCUCUCAUUCUUUUCUUGCCAAAUGUCAGUCAAAAUACCUUAACAAGAGAAAGGAGGAACUUGAAGAUGAUCAUUUGCUUAUUUUGGCUGACUUUGCUGAAAACUAUGCGUUUUUUACCCAAGAUGAAAUCCAAUCUGCCCACUGGAACAAGCAAAGCUGCACAUUACAUCCCAUUGCCAUGUAUUUCAAAAAGGAUAACCAACUUGCUCAUUUAUCGUUCUGCUUCAUAUCGGAUGAUUUAGAUCAUGAUACAUGCUUUGUUUAUGAGCUCCAAACCAAGCUGUUGGAAUGGGUUAAAUUCAACCUCCCUCACAUAAAAUGCAUUGAGUACUUUUCAGAUGGAUGUGCUGCUCAGUACAAAAAUUUCAAGAAUAUGAUGAAUCUUUGCCUCCAUUUUCAGGAUUUUUCUCUUAGAGCUACUUGGAACUUUUUUGCUUCCAGCCAUGGGAAGUCAGUAUGUGAUGGCAUUGGGGGGACUGUUAAAAGGCUAACAGCAAGAGCAAGUCUGCAAAGGACUCACAGCAAUCAGAUUUUGACAGUUUCUGCUAUGCUCAAAUUUUGCAAAGAAAAUAUAAAAGAUAUUGAGUUUUUUUUCAUAUCGAAGGAUUCUAUGGUGAAAGUUAGAGAGCAGCAGAUUAAACGAUUUGCCCAUGGGAGCACCAUUCCUGGAACCAGAAGUUUCCAUCAGUUUGUUCCACUUUCAGAUAAAAAAAUUGCUUUAAAAUAUACUUCUGAUGAUAGAGAUUUUGCAGGAACCUUUUCUUUUGCUUCUAAUACCCCAGAGAAUGGUGUUGGAGCUCGAAGGAAUGACUAUGUUGCUUGCAUAUAUGACCAUAAGUGGUGGGUUGGCAUGAUUCUUGAAAUAAAUGAAGAUGAAGGGGACUUUCAAAUAAACUUCAUGCACCCACCUGGACCCACUCAGAGCUUUACAUGGCCAAGCAGACCAGACAUAUGCUGGGUAUCAAGUUUGCACAUGCUUUGCAAAAUUGAUUCACCCAAAACUGUCACAGGUCGAACUUACAACAUCAGCUACAGUGACUACAAAACAAUAUCUAAACUUUUCCUUGGCUAAAGAACCAUUUUUAACUAAGUAAGUGAUGUUGUUGAAAAAUGAAGCAAUGUUUGAUUCAAUGUUUUUAGCAGCUCUUUGUAUUUUAUGGGGCAUAACCAUUAAAAAACCUUUGUUUUUGUCUAAAAUUUUUGCGAUAUUAUACCCAUUUUGUAAGGUGCAAUUAACUCACAAUGCUUGAAUUGCAAUUGUCACCUCUAACAUUUUCUGAUAGUCCGAGGAAUACACUUUCAGAAUAUAGCAAGCUUUUUAUGCUAUGAUUCCAGCUACAUUACUUUUUUUCAAUAUUUAUAUACACCGGUUAGGAACAUUUUCAAAUCAAGUGAUCCACUCUAACACUUGAUUAUCUGCUUUGCCUUAGGGAAUUGAUAAGUUUUGAUGGAAUAUUUGAAAUCUACAGUAUCAAAUCCAUAGUUGAUAUUAUUUCUAAGCAAAUAUACACAACUAUAGAGAAAUUACAGCUACUGAUAGAAAGCCCCGCCCAUCGCUUAAUAAACUGGGUGUGGCAUAUUUGGCAAAAAUGGGUCACUUUUGAAACAGCAAUAAAACGGAAACCAUGAGAGAUAGAAGACUGAAAUUUUGUAUGUGGUAUUUUCUCCAAACUAUCUUUAUGUGACAAAAAAAUCAAGAAAUUCUAAGACCAUGGGUUACAUUGGUCUGAUGAUUUCACAUGGAAUGACCCUAUUGUAAAUGUUAAUUUGCUCAAGGAAGAAAGAAAAACCGCUGGUGUUUUGCUGUCAGUGUUAUUAUUUUCAAAUACUUGUUUCCUUAUAAAAAUUGCAUGUUUUCUUCAAUGGAGCCUACCUCAAGAGAACAAUAAUGAAUGCGCCAAACCAUUAGAGAACCCUAAUUGAAACCGGCAAAGAUUAAAAAAAUGUCUUUUACAUCUCAUAAUCGAAUAAAUUUUAUUUGAAAAAUACAUGCUGUUGUUUGUGUCCACUUAGUGGAGGUAUAUUUCUAAAAAGCUUCCAGUAAAAAUGUCAUCUGAAUGCUUUAUAAAGGUGUAUGCCUUGUAACACUUAUGCAACUAUGCAGAUCACAAUACAUUUAGGCUGUCAAGUACUGUUAUGACUGAACUAACUGACGAAAUAGAAUCUGAAGCAGCUAUUCUUAAUAAAUGGUUUUGUGAAAAUGUUUUGAUGCUCAAUGGUGAUAAAAGCUUUUGACACAGUAAGUCACACAAUGAUGCUAGAUAAUCUACCUCUUUAUGGAGUUCAAGGGAAGGAACUAGAGUGGUUUAAGGAUUACAUUUUCUUCCGGGAAGGAAAAGUUGCCUGUAACAGUUUUUUAUAUCAGGGGCAUGCAUUACUGACAGAAGUAUCACAGGGGUCAAUUCUGGCUCCUUUAUUGUUCUUGAUAUUGUUCAAUGACACUGUGAAGUGAACGUAAUCGAGCAUUCAAGCAUCUUGAAAUCUGCUGACAACACAGUCUUGUAUUUCGCAGACAAUGGCAUCCAGUCUAUCAAUGCCAAACUGUCUAAGGACAUGGAAUGUUUAACAGACUGGCUAAAGAGCAACAAACUGGUUUUGAAUUUAAAGAAAGGUAAAACAGAAUCCCUUCUUUUCAGCACCUUGCAAAGGAUUGCCAAGCUAACUGAGCUAAUUGAAAUCAAACUGUCACACCAAACUGCCACCAAUAACACAACUGAAUACAAGUAUCUUGGUGUUUGCGUAGAUAGCUCCCUAAAUCUGAAUUCAAAUUUCCAUGCUUGUUACAAAAAAGCGUCUGGUAGGCUACGGCUUUUAGCAAAAAUAUGAUCGUAUCUUCAUCAAGCCACAGCUUUUACAAUUUAUCAUUCAAUGAUACUGCCAACAUUUACACACUGUGGCACACACCAGUUGAAGUCAACUUAUGCCCAGCUGAGUAGGCUCUCAUCACUUCACUCUCGUGCACUCAAAUAUAGUCUCUGGAGUUGUAAGACCAAACCAGAAACUUACAUAAAUUGUCAAUGCAGACAAGACUAGGGCCUGCAAGCUGGUAUGAAAAUGUCUAUAUGAAAAUGACUGUGAAUUCUGUCUUCUUCCAGAAGCACUUCUACAUGCUGUUGCUGGGUGCAAAGUGUACCUUGACCAAGGCCGCUAUACUUGGUGUCAUAAAUCUGCAUAAACUUUCUAGCCACUUCCUUCCAAGCAAUAAACGGGUCUUCUCUCUUCACAGAUUUACCAGGCUUUCUUUCCCCUUCUAUCAUAACUGGAGAUCAACUACGCCCCGACUUACUUCUCAAAACUAUGGAAAACUGUCUGUACGUUUUAGAGCUAACCAUAGGCUCUGAAACAAAUCUCAACUGCAAUGCUGUCAGAAAGUCAGAGAAAUAUGCUACCCUCGUAUCUGACUUUAACUGUCAGUUUAAGUCAGUCUCGUUUGUCAAUUUUUCCAUCAGUUCAUCAGUUUGGCAUUUUUGGCAACUCCUGCAGCUCAUUCAUUGACAUACGUGUGACUCUUUGUCCAUUGAACAUCAACAGAACCGCUAUCUCAUCUCCAAACUUACAAGCAUCUCCAUUCGCAAGUUGAAUUGAAAAUGAAAUGUUUCCAUUAUUAUUAUUAUUAUUAUUAUCAGAGAACUUUUAAAGCCAACUCAUCUAAUUAAGAGGAAUCUAAAAUUCGAAUAAAUGGGGCAUGGAAGUGAGGAUGUUAAACUAUUGGGAAUAACACUGGGCCAUCAACUUAGAUUAGAAGAACAUAUUAAAGUUUAUUAUAAAGAAGCUUGGAAAAAGGUAAACGCUCUAGGUAGGAUUGCUUUGUUUUUGGACGAAUCUAAGCGAAUUCUUUUAAUAAAACGUUCAUUUUAUUAUAUUUGGAUUUUUUCCUUCUUAUUUGGAAUUUUUUGGAUCUUGCGAUGUAAUUUUAUAAAACAUUUGACGGUUUUGAAUCCAUCUUUUAUGGAGGAAAUAUUUUCCAUAGAUUAAUGCCCAUAUUAAUUAAGAAACUCCCAAUUCAAAACAGUGGAGCCACAUAAAAAAUAUAUGGAUUUAAUACCGUACCAUGCAGAUGAAGCCAAAUAUGUCUCCCUGAAACCUUUUUGACACCCUCUUGGCAUGAAUUAUAGUGUUGUCCCUGAACACUGCUUUUUCUCAAUUUUUGUGUGG